CUCUACUCGACGGUUGAGGGUGGAACUUAGUAACAUUUGUUAUGGAAGAUGUUAUUCGUUGGAGCUAUGAUAACUGCGUCAAAGUCAAAAGUAUUAAGCCUUGCCAGGGCUUCAACUAUUCUGAGCAACAUCAAUGUGAGCCAACAGUUACACCGACUUCCCCUGAGCCCCCAGCCAGCUCUUUACACAGCGGGGCUUCAGCGCUUUAGCAGCGCCUCGACCCAGGAGCAGGCUGCUGUCUCAGCUCCAUCUGAAGUACGACUCACUGAGUCAUGUGUGAAGAGACUAGAGGAAAUCAUGGACAAGGGUGAGUUUCUGAGAAUCCAUGUAGAGGGGGGAGGCUGCUCCGGGUUCCAGUACAAGUUUUCUGUUGAUAGUAACAGGAAUGAAGAUGACAGAGUGUUUGAGCAGGGAGGAGUGGGCAUUAUCGUGGAUCAGGACAGCCUGGAGUUUGUGAAAGGAGCCACUGUGGACUUCAGCCAGGAGCUGAUCCGCGCCACCUUCCUCGUGCUCAAGAACCCUCAAGCGGAUCAUGGCUGCUCCUGUGGAAGCUCCUUCUCUGUCAAGCUAUGACCCUGCUUGCUUAUGUCAGUGUUACUUAACACCCCAGUUCACCAGUUUAUUAGGACUGUGUACAAAAUACAGUAACACAUUAUAGACACGACUCGAUUCAAUGCACUCGUACUUCUGGUUUUGUCGUUGUGAAACUACUUGAACCGAAUGAAAUGUAUCAAUUAAUCAUUAUGCUAUCAUGCAGAUAGUGACAGUCAAUGCUAAUUGUUAUCCGAGUACACAAUACUCAAAUGUAAUCUGUCAUUCCUGUCAUGUAUUCAAACGAAACAAAGACCCUGUUCAAGUGUUUUAGUAUACAGUGCUAAGGUUUGCCUCUCUGUGUAAAAUAUGUAAAUAGACCAUAUAUUGAUAGCAAAGAGCUAUAAUAUAUUUGUUUUGUCUCAAAUAAAACUGAGUGAAACUACAA